AACAAGUGUAAGCUUAAUAUAGAAGAUCACAGUUGCAAUAAAUAAUAAUUGCUGUAAAUAUUAUAAGAAAAAAAACAUUCAUGUUUCUAAGAAACAAGUAAAAUAUAAAUAUCAAGAUGAGAUCGAGUAUAGUAUUUUUAAAAUAUGGCAGGGUACCACAAAAUGAAAAUAAAGUACCAUUCAAGAUGAUGUUACCAUUAGCAUUGAGAGAUCGUGUCAGUGGAAAAGGAUUACACAACAAAGAACAAGGCUGUCUCUAUGAGAUAUCACUUCUUUUAAAUUGUCUUGAUCAAAAUGGUAAUGAAGACAAAAUGUGUAUGAAAGAAGCACAAAAUUUUCAGAGUUGUUAUAAAACAUUUUUAAAAAAUAAAAAAUUUGGUAAAGAACAAGCACUCAAAGGUACAUUAACACCAAAUGCUAAAAAUCUUAAAUACAAACAAAUUAAUCAACUUCUUGCUAAAUAUCCAUUACCAUAAAUUGUAUUUAAA